AUGGUACGAGGAGUGUGUGAAAUCGCCACUAAAUCCCCGCUGCUCACGUUCCCGAGCGGAGAACCGCUGCGCUCAGAACUCCAGUACAACUCUGCUCUGAAGAGCGACACGGUUACGCCCGCGGAGUUAAGUGAACUGCGCAGCACCAUCAUUAAUUUGUUGGAUCCGUCGCCUGAAGCUGCUGCCCUCAUCAAUAAACUGGACUUCGCCAUGUGCACCUACCUGCUGUCUGUGUACGGCUGGGUACAUGAGGUUGAAGCGCGCUUUCUGACUCUCUCGUUGUGGGGGUUUCAUGUGAUUUUGCUCAUCUCUCUCCGUGUUAGGAUGCUGCACUCCAAUGAUGCUGGCUUCCAGGUGAUGUUCAGAUACUUUGAGGACAAGGCCAUCCAGAAAGACAAAUCAGGCAUGAUGCAGUGCGUGAUUUGUGUAGGUGACAAAGUCUUUGAGGUUUUCCUGCAGAUGAUGGCUGAGAAACCCAAGACUAAAGAGCAUGAGGAGGAGCUGGAGCGCCACGCUCAGUUCCUAUUGGUCAACUUUAACCACACCCACAAGAGGAUCCGACGGGUGGCAGAUAAAUACCUCUCAGGACUCGCCGAAACGUUUCCUCAUCUUCUGUGGAGUGGAAGGGUUUUGAAGACUAUGUUGGACAUCCUGCAGACUCUGUCUCUGUCCCUGAGCGCUGACAUCCACAAAGACCAGCCCGUACUCGACAUUCCCGACACUCCGUACAGAAUCACGGUCCCGGACACGCAUGAGGCGAGGGAGAGCAUCGUGAAGGACUUUGCCGCCCGCUGUGGAGAGAUCUUGAAGGAGGCCAUGAAAUGGGCUUCUGUCACCAAAUCUCAUCUCCAGGAGUAUCUGAACAAGCAUCAGAUCUGGCUGUCAGGUUUGUCUCAGCACACGGGUUUGGCGAUGGCUACCGAGAGCAUUCUCAGCUUCGCGGGAUACAACCGUCAAAGCACCACACUGGGGGCAGCUUUUCCUCAGGUUACCCAGCUCACGGAGCGGCCCACCUGCGUGAAGAAGGACUACUCCAACUUCAUGGCAUCCCUUAACCUGCGUAACCGCUACACUGGAGAGGUCGCUGGGAUGCUGCAGUUUGCUGAAGUGACACACAGCGAGUCGAACCUCAGCAAACUGAUGGUUUCUCAAAUGAGUGACGCUCUGGACGCCAAAGACUCGGACGCAUUCACACAGAACAUGUUCAAGAUGACGGCUCUGCUCAUUAGCACUAAAGACUGGGACCUUCAGCUGCUGCAUCACCUCUGCUGGUCUCCUCUGAAGAUGUUCACGGAGCAGGGCAUGGAGACGGCCAUCGCCUGCUGGGAGUGGCUGCUCGCGCGCGCGCGUAAUGGAGCCGAAGUCCAGUUCAUGCGUGAGAUGGCGGGCGCCUGGCAGAUGACCGUCGAGCUGAAGAUGGGCUUGUUCUCGGAGACCGAGUCAGAAGCCGACCCUUUAGCUGCUUCUGAAGAGAGUCAGCCGCUGCCUCGCGUCCCCAACGUCACGCCGCACUCGCUCUGGAUCGAGUGUUUUCUAGUGCAGAGAUUCGAAAUUGCAAAAUACUGCAGUGCGGAUCAGGUGGAGAUCUUCACCGGUGUCCUGCAGAGGGCGCUGUCUCUCAGCGUCGGUGGACCCAAGAGCUGCCUGAACCGCCACGUAGCUGCCAUAGGACCCCGAUUCAGGCUGCUGACUCUCGGUCUCACUCUUCUUCAUGCCGAUGUAGUCACUAACGCCACAAUCCGUAACGUCCUGAGAGAGAAGAUCUACUCUACUGCCUUUGAUUACUUCAGCGUUGCUCCACGGUUCCCCACGCAGCCGGAGAAACGCCUGCGUGAAGACAUCAGCAUCAUGAUCAAGUUCUACGCGUGUCUGCUGUCGGAUAAGAAAUAUCUCACAGCUACUCAGCUCGUCCCUCCAGAUCCUCAGGACGUGUCGGUGAACAGUCUGUCUGUGAUGGCGGUGGCGGACUCCCGGAGCAGUCUGGACGCGGCGGUGGGCUCCAGACAGCAGGCCACACAGGGCUGGAUCAACACAUACCCUCUGUCCAGCGGAGUCUCCACGCUCUCCAAGAAAUCAGGUUUGUCAAAGAAGACGAACAGAGGAACUCAGCUGCACAAAUACUUCAUGAAGCGCAGGACGCUGCUGCUGGCCCUGCUGGCGAGCGAGGUGGAGCGUCUGACCACGUGGUACAAUCCUCUGGGCAGCCAGGAGCUGCAGAUCUCCGCCGAGCAGUCUGUGGAGACCAGCAUCACUAACUGGAGGUCCAAGUACAUCAGCCUGACCGAGAAGCAGUGGAAGGACAACGUCAAUCUAGCGUGGAGCAUCUCUCCGUACCUCGCCCUACAGCUGCCGGCCAGGUUCAAGAACACAGAGGCCAUUUUCUCAGAAGUGACCCGGCUGGUUCGUCUGGACCCCGGGGCCGUCAGUGACGUUCCUGAGGCUGUGAAGUUUCUGGUGACGUGGCACACGAUCGACGCUGAUUCUCCGGAGCUGAGUCAUAUCUUGUGCUGGGCUCCGGCUGAUCCUCCCACAGGACUCUCGUACUUCUCCAGCAUGUAUCCUCCGCAUCCGCUGACCGCUCAGUACGCCGUCAAAGUCCUGCGCUCCUUCCCUCCCGAUGCUAUUCUGUUUUACAUUCCACAAAUUGUUCAGGCCCUCCGUUAUGAUAAGAUGGGGUACGUGAGAGAGUACAUCCUCUGGGCAGCACAGAAAUCUCAGCUUCUGGCACAUCAGUUCAUCUGGAACAUGAAGACCAACAUCUACACAGAUGAGGAGGGACACCAGAAAGACCCUGAUAUCGGGGAUCUUCUGGAGCAGCUGGUUGAGGAGAUCAUCGGUUCUCUCUCAGGUCCAGCUAAAGACUUCUACCAGCGCGAGUUUGACUUCUUCAACAAGAUCACCAACGUCUCAGCCAUUAUAAAGCCGAUUCCUAAAGGAGACGAGCGGAAGAGAGCGUGUCUGAGAGCUCUGUCUGAUAUCAAAGUCCAGCCAGGCUGUUAUCUGCCCAGUAACCCUGAAGCUAUAGUGCUGGACAUCGAUUAUAAAUCAGGAACACCAAUGCAGAGCGCUGCCAAAGCACCGUAUCUGGCCAAAUUCAAGGUGAAACGCUGUGGAGUGAGUGAACUGGAGAAAGAGGGCUUGCUGUGUCGCUCGGACUCGCUGGAUGAGGCUCAGAGCGGAGAAGAAGCACAGAAGAUCUGCUGGCAGGCGGCCAUCUUUAAAGUCGGAGACGACUGCAGACAGGAUAUGUUGGCGUUGCAGAUCAUCGGUCUGUUUAAGAAUAUUUUUCAGCUGGUGGGACUCGACCUGUUUGUUUUUCCAUAUAGAGUAGUAGCUACGGCACCAGGGUGUGGCGUCAUCGAGUGCAUCCCAGACUGUAAGUCCAGAGAUCAGCUCGGACGACAGACAGACUUCGGGAUGUACGAUUAUUUCCGGAACCAGUACGGAGACGAAUCUACUCUGGCCUUCCAGAAGGCGAGGUAUAACUUCAUCCGUAGCAUGGCUGCAUACAGUCUGCUGCUCUUCCUGCUGCAGAUCAAGGACAGACACAACGGAAACAUCAUGCUGGACAGACAGGGACAUCUCAUCCAUAUCGAUUUCGGCUUCAUGUUUGAGAGUUCUCCGGGUGGGAAUCUGGGCUGGGAGCCGGACAUCAAACUGACUGAUGAGAUGGUGAUGAUCAUGGGCGGGAAGAUGGAGGCCACACCCUUCAAGUGGUUCAUGGAGAUGUGUGUGCGUGGAUACCUAGCUGUCAGGCCGUAUAUGGAUGCUGUGGUUGCCUUGGUAACGCUGAUGCUGGAUACAGGACUGCCCUGCUUCCGCGGUCAGACCAUCAAACUGCUCAAGCAGCGUUUUAACCCUGGAGUGAGUGAGAAGGAAGCAGCAGCUUUUAUCAUCAAAGUCAUUCAGAACUGCUUCUUGAGCAGCAGGAGCAAAACGUAUGACAUGAUCCAGUAUUAUCAGAACCAGAUCCCGUACUGAAGGCCAGAGAAACCUGUGUGUGUGUGUGUGUGUGUGUGUGUGUGUGUGUGUGUGUGUGUUUCAGCCUCAGUGACGGAGCACAUUAUUGAUGGGAAGCUUCUCUAAGCCAUCAGUCAGACGCGUCACAAAACCUCUCAAAGAGUAUUAAACUGGAAGGAUACGAAGGAUUUCUACAUGCUGCCAUUUGACUUCAACAUCUCCCAGUCAUUAAAAAGUACUAGAAACACUCAGUGCACAAACAAACUCAGACCAUCACGUAUCCCACCCAACCAAAUCAGAUCAACAUCCAACAAAAUCUGACAAUACUGAUACAUUGCUCCAACAGCAUUUGUAACAAAUCACAGUUCACAACAUACAAGCACAAUAUGACUCAUUCAAUAUAUGUGUGUCCCUUUAUCAUAAGUUAUGCUAUGAAUUCCCCCUAAGAUCCCAGGCUGUAUAAAACAUCCUCAGUCCAGCCCUGUUAUACUAACCAGUGUUUAGUUCUUGAAACCUUCCCAUAAGUACCUUUAGUAAGUUUGGCUACAUAUGUAUUUUUAAGAACAUGGAGACCUCUUGUGGCUGGAUGAAGUUACUGCAUCAAAACACUGCUCCUCCUGUAGUGUGCAGCUGUAAGUGAACACUGUAAGUAAAGAGAUCACUUGCUCAUCA